AUGAUGCGACCUACAACUCCGGGCCUGUCCAGCCAGCCCGUACCCGAAAUGGAGCAGAACAAUACUCUGCAACAGCAGAGACCUUCGUCUUCCUCCUCUUCUCGGGCCCACCAUUUCCACCAUCCCGCCCGACCCGCGAUCGUUGAGCUGUUCAACCUCUAUCUAGGCUGCAGAGGUGCUCAGCAGAAAUUAAAUGAUUCAUUUAGAGAGCCUCCGAACAAGACACAGAAGCGGAUUACUGCUUUUAACAGAGAGCUUCCUCCAUCAAAUGAACAGUUCCUCUUAGAUUUUGAGCAGCUACAAAUCCAAUUUCCUGACCAAGUGCAGCUGCGUGCUGUGACAGAAUCUGCUUUGAUUUCUCUGGUUAUCCAGUGUUGUAUUCAUGCACCUCGGGCUGAGUUCCUUCUCUUUGCUUUACGUAGUUUGUGCAGUAUAGGUUACAUAAACUGGGAUACUUUCUUGCCGUCUCUCCUUUCUUCAGUUUCUUCUUCAGAGAUGUCUGUUGGCCAAGGGAGUCAAACACUAGCAGCUGUCACUUCCACAACUUCUUCACAGUCAGGAAUCUUGCCAUCCUCAGCUGUGGUUCCUAAUACAUCUAAUUUUCAGUCAUCAAAUCCUGCAUCUCCCUUGCCUUCUGUUCACGGUAUUGGAUCCCCUGCUCAGUCAGCAGCGGAACCUUCAUCGUGUGCCACAUUAUCACCCACGAAACCAACUGAUGCCAUCUGCAAUGGGCAACAGCCAGCAAUGGUCAAUUUAUCAAUCCGAGAUAGUGCUUUAAGUAGUCUACGCCAGUUGUGCUGCAAGAUAAUUUUGAUUGGCCUUGAAUCUAAUCUAAAGCCUGUUACACAUGCAGAUAUUUUCUGCCAUAUGUUGAAUUGGCUAGUUAACUGGGACCAAAAACAACAGGGAGUUGAUGAAUUUGACAGUAUAAAAUACUCGAAACCUGACAAGGCCCUAAUUGAAUGGCUACACAGUUGUUUAGAUGUGGUCUGGCUGUUAGUUGAGGAUGAUCAUUGCCGUGUGCCCUUUUAUGAACUUCUUCGUAGUGGUUUGCAGUUCAUUGAGAAUAUACCAGAUGAUGAGGCCUUGUUUACACUGAUUCUGGAGAUUCACAGGAGGCGAGAUAUGAUGGCAAUGCACAUGCAAAUGUUAGAUCAACACCUUCACUGCCCCACAUUUGGAACCCCUCGGCUUUUGCCGCAGGCUACAAACAUGUCCGGUGAAACAGGGGCUAAUGCGAGAUAUUCACCAAUUACUUAUCCGAGUGUGCUUGGAGAACCUUUGCAUGGAGAGGAUCUUGCAGCAUCUAUUCAAAGAGGAAGUCUCGAUUGGGAGCGUGCUUUGCGAUGUUUGAGGCAUGCUUUUCGCAACACUCCAUCUCAGGACUGGUGGAAGCGCGUGCUUCUUUUGGCUCCCUGCCAUAGGCAUCAUGCACAAGGACCUACUCCGGGUGCUGUUUUUACUUCUGAUAUGAUUUGUGAAGCCACAAUUGAUAGGAUUGUGGAAUUGCUGAAGCUGACAAAUUCAGAAACAAAUUGCUGGCAAGAAUGGCUUAUCUUUUCCGACUUGUUCUUUUUUCUGAUGAAAAGUGGAUGCCUUGAUUUUGUUGACUUUGUGGACAAGUUAGUUUCCCGGCUUCAGGAUGGUGAUCAACAUAUUCUUAGGACAAAUCAUGUCACGUGGUUACUUGCACAAAUUAUCAGGGUUGAGCUAGUGAUGAAUGCUCUAAAUAAAGACUCAAGAAAGGUGGAGACAACCCGAAAGAUUCUUUCGUUUCAUAAAGAAGACAGAAGCUUGGACCCUAAUAAUCCGCAAAGUAUAUUGCUUGACUUCAUUAGCAGUUGCCAAAACUUGCGUAUUUGGUCGUUGAAUUCAUCAACUAGAGAAUAUUUGAACAACGAGCAGCUUCAAAAGGGGAAGCAAAUAGAUGAAUGGUGGAGGCAAGUAAGCAAAGGUGAACGAAUCAUGGACUAUAUGAAAAUGGACGAAAGGUCAAUUGGAAUGUUUUGGGUCGUUUCUUACACUAUGGCACACCCUGCUUGUGAAACAGUGAUGAAUUGGUUAAAAGCUACAGAGCUGUUAGCUGGACCAAAUUUACAGUCGAAUGAGACUUUAAUGGUGAUGCAGGAAGUUAGCCCUCUUCCAAUAUCAUUGUUAUCUGGAUUUUCAAUAAAUCUAUGUUUGAAAUUGGCUUAUCAGAUGGAAGACUCCAUGUUUUCAGGACAGGUAGUGCCUAGCAUUGCCAUGGUUGAGACAUAUGUUAGAGUGAUGCUCGUCUCCCCUCAUGCAUUAUUCCGUUCACUCUUGACACUACUGGCCCAAAGGAACCAAACCUCAUUGAGCAAACCUGCAGCUUCCAUUUUAGUGUUCGAAAUGCUGAACUAUCGUUUGCUUUCACUGUACAGGUACCAAGGAAAGAGCAAAGGUUUAAUGUAUGAUGUCACAAAAAUUGUUGCUACAUUGAAAGCGAAACGUGGAGAACAUCGCCUUUUUAGACUGGCUGAGAAUUUAUGCAUGAAUCUUGUUUUAUCAAUGAAGGACUUUUUCUAUGUGAAGAGAGAAGGAAAGGGUCCAACUGAGUUUACAGAAACAUUAAAUCGGAUUACAGUAACUACUCUUGCCAUCAUCAUCAAGACUCGUGGCAUUGCAGAGGUUGAGCACCUACUAUACCUUCAAACAAUGCUGGAGCAGAUACUGGCCACCAGUCAACAUGCAUGGUCUGAGAAGACUCUUCGGUAUUUCCCAGCUAUUUUGCGUGAUACCCUGGUUGGCAGGAUGGAUAGAAGGGGUAUGGCCAUUCAAGCAUGGCAGCAAACAGAAGAGACUGUGCUUAAUCAGUGUACUCGGCUUCUUUCAUCAUCAGCUGAUCCAACAUAUCUCAUGACUUAUAUCAAUCACAGUUUUCCUCAGCACCGUCAAUAUCUCUGUGCUGGUGCAUGGAUACUGAUGUAUGGUCAUCCCGAGAACAUUAACAGUUUACAACUUGGUCGUGUCUUGAGAGAAUUUUCCCCAGAAGAAGUGACUGCCAAUAUAUAUACAAUGGUGGAUGUACUGCUGAAUCAUAUUAAAUUAGAACUACAGCGUGGCCGUUCCUUGCAGGAUCUUAUGCUAAAAGCAUGUACAAACCUUUCCUUCUUCAUUUGGACUCACGAGCUUCUUCCUUUGGACAUUUUGCUAUUAGCACUUAUUGACCGAGAUGAUGAUCCCCAUUCUUUACAAAUUGUGAUGAACCUACUUGAAAGUAAAGAGCUUCAACAAAGAGUACAAUUGUAUCUUAUGAAUCGUGGCCCACCUGAGCAUUGGCUUUUCUCUGGAACUUUCAAACGCGUUGAAUUGCAGAAAGCCCUUGGAAAUCAUCUCUCUUGGAAGGAAAGGUACCCAACAUUUUUCGACGAUAUUGCUGCACGUCUGCUCCCAAUCAUUCCCCUGAUAAUCUAUCGACUUAUUGAGAAUGAUGCUAUUGAUGCAGCUGACAGAGUUCUACAAUUUUAUUCGGCAUUCCUUCGUUAUUAUCCUUUGAAUUUUACGUUUGUUCGUGAUAUACUUGCGUAUUUCUAUGGUCAUCUUCAUGCAAAAUUUAUCCUCCGGAUAUUGACUGUAUUAGAUGUGAAAAAGAUCCCAUUUUCUGAGUCCUUUCCUCAGCAUGUUAACUCAUCCAAUGCUGUCAUUGUCCCUCCAUUGGACUACUUUGCUACUCUUUUACUUGGAAUAGUGAAUCAUGUAAUUCCUCCUCUAAAUAAUUGCUCAAAAACUGGACCAAUGGGAGACAUUUGUUCUAUUCGAGCUCAACAUAACAAGACACAGGCAACAUCACAGCCUGGCCCAGCAAUUGCUCCCGAAGGUCAGAAACCAUUCUAUCAAAUCCAAGAUCCUGGCACAUACACCCAGCUUAUUCUUGAAACGGCUGUCAUAGAAAUCCUCUCUCUUCCCGUAACUACAUCCCAGAUUGUAUCUUCACUUGUUCAAAUUGUUGUUCACAUACAACCGACUUUGGUUCAAUCUAGCAAUGGGUUACAUGGAGCUUCUAGUGGUGUUGGGCAAAGUUCUGUUUUGCCCACUUCUCCUUCCGGGGGAAGCACUGAUUCAUUGGGUGCAACUAGGACUACUCCUUCAGCUUCGGGAAUAAAUACGUCAAACUUUGUUUGGCGAAGUGGUUAUACAUGCCAGCAGUUAUCAUGCUUGUUGAUCCAAGCUUGCGGUCUUCUUCUAGCACAGCUUCCUCAAGAGUUCCACGUUCAACUCUACAUGGAGGCGGCUCGUGUAAUAAAAGAGAGUUGGUGGCUAGUAGAUGGUAAAAGGUCAGUCAGCGAACUAGAAUCGGCUGUAAGCUAUGCUUUGUUAGAUCCAACAUGGGCUGCCCAGGACAAUACCUCAACAGCCAUCGGUAAUGUGGUGGCUUUGCUACAUUCUUUCUUCUCCAACCUUCCACUGGAGUGGCUCGAUGGAGCGCAUCUCAUCAUUAAGCAUCUCAGACCCGUGACAUCAAUAGCAGUGUUGAGAAUAGCUUUCCGGAUUAUGGGUCCAUUGCUUCCAAGAUUGGCCAAUGCUCACACCCUCUUCACUAAGACAUUAUCGCUGCUUCUAAACGUCAUGGGGGAUGUUUUUGGAAGAAACUCACAACCCACAGCUCCUAUUGAAGCAUCAGAGAUAUCAGACAUCAUAGACUUCCUCCAUCAUGUUGUUCAUUAUGAAGGGCAGGGAGGGCCAGUGCAGGCAAACAGCAAACCCAGAGCAGAAGUUUUGGCUCUUAUUGGACGAGCAGCAGAAAAUUUACGUCCAGACAUACAGCACCUUCUUUCUCACUUGAAAGCUGAUGUAAACUGUUCUAUAUAUGCGGCAACUCAUCCAAAAUUCGUCCAAAACAAUGCGUGA